UUUUUUUUUUUUUUCUCCACACGUUUUUUUUUCUCUCUCUCACUUGUAAAUUGCUUUACACACAACCCCCAAACAACCCCCUAAAUACAAUUGUUGAUUUAUCAAGUACACUCAACAACAAAAUCAUUGUUAAACAAAAGCUACGAAAAAUUAAAAUAUAAAUUAGCAAUAACAAAACACAAGGUUAUAAAAUAAAAAUUAAAUAUGUUUAACUUCCAAAACGUCAGUGAAACUUUAUCAAAGACAACACCAACGGAUGUUCCAACUGGCGUCUCUUUUUGUGGUAAAUCAUUGAAAUUAAAUUCUGAAGAAGAUGCAAAUCUUGUUGUUGAUGCCAUUAAAAAAUGCUCAUCAUUGUCAUAUUUAAAUUUGGAGGGUAAUACACUUGGUCCAGAUGCAGCAAAGGCAGUAUCAAAAGCCCUUGAAACACAUGGUAAACCAUUAACUCGUGCAUUAUGGAAAGACAUGUUUACUGGACGUAUGAAAACUGAAAUUCCAAAAGCACUUGAAUAUCUUGGUACUGGAUUAAAAAUAUCAGAAGCACGUUUAUUUGAACUUGAUUUAAGUGACAAUGCAUUUGGUCCAAUUGGUGUACAAGGUCUUGCUGCAUUAUUAAGCUCAAGUCCAUGUUUUACAUUACAAGAAUUACGUUUAAAUAAUAAUGGUCUUGGUAUAUCAGGUGGUAAAAUGUUGGCUGAUGCACUUAUUAAUUGUCAUAAUAAUUCAUCAAAAAUUGGUAAACCAUUGGCAUUAAAAGUAUUUAUUGCUGGUAGAAAUCGUCUUGAAAAUGAAGGUGCAACAGCACUUGCUAAUGUAUUUGAUAAACUUGGUAGUCUUGAAGAAGUUGUUAUGCCACAAAAUGGUAUAUAUCAUAUUGGUGUUGCUGCAAUUGCAUCUGCAUUAUCAAAUAAUCCAAAUUUAAAAAUAUUAAAUUUAAAUGAUAAUACUGUUGGACCAAAAGGUGCAAUUGCACUUGCAAAUGCAUUAAAAAAAUUUAAAAAUCUUGAAAUAUUAAAUUUAGGUGAUUGUUUAUUAAAAACACGUGGUGCAAUGACAAUUGCUGGUGCACUUGGUAUACCUGGUAGUCAUACUAGUUUAAUUGAAAUUAAUUUAACUGGUAAUGAAAUAAGAUCAAGAGCUGCUGAAUCAUUAGUUAAUGCUGUUACUGAUAAGACUCAAUUAACAAGUUUACAACUUGAUGCAAAUUCAUUUGGUGGUGAGGGUGUUGAUGCCUUGAAAGAGGCACUUGAAAAAGUUGAUAAACUUGAUGUACUUGGUAGUUUGGAGGAUGAUGUUACUGAUGAUGAGGAUGAAAGUGAUGGAGAUAAUGAAACUGAAGAUGAUUCAAAUAAUGAAUCAGAUAAUGAUGAUAAUGAAAAUGAAAAUAUAUACAGUGAUGUAUCACAAGAUGUUAUUAUUCAAGAAAAAGAAAUAAUUCAUAAACCAAUUAAUGUUAAAGAAUUUUUAAAAGCUCCAAUUGGUGAAAAUUUAUUGAUGAUUGAGGGUGAUAAAUUUUAUGAAUUUUUAGAACAUGCAACAAGUUAUUCACAAGAGCCACAGAGAUAUGUUGAUGAAUUAUUAAUUAUUGUCAUGAAAGUAUCGUCAUUGUGUGGUAGUGGAUAUGGUGAUGUUAGAGUUGAAGCUGAAGGUCUUACUGAUAAAUUGUACUUUGAAUUAUUUACAUUUGCCAAAUCAAAUGAUCAACUAUCACAUGUUAAUAAUAAUCUUUUGGUCAAUUUGGGACUUAUUAAGAGUGAAGAUAAAUCAUCAGGAAAAAUUGAAUGGAACUUGGAGGGAUGUUUCAAGGCACUGGAAAAAAUAUGUACAAAAGAAUAUUUUCCAUCAUUGACCAAGGAUGCUCUUAAAUUGUUCAUUGAAAAACCAAUUAGAAGUGGAAAAAAAUUUGUUGAUCCAUUCCAAGAUGCUAAAAAAUCAUUGAAAAAUAUUAUUGAUGAUUCACAGAGAACGUAAUUAAUUUUUAAUUUUUAAUUUUUAAUUUUUAAUCUAUAAUUUAACUUGAAAACUUUUUUUUUUUUUUUUUAAAUUUCAAAAUCUUAAAUUGUUUCUAUCAGGAUAAAUUCACAAACUGGUUGAGAGUGUAAAUUUAUUUAAAUAUCUUUUUUAAGAAAAAUAAAAAAUAACAAAAAAAAAAUUCAACUGCUGUGCAGAAUGUCUUGUAAUAUUUUAAAAUUUAAGGUUUUUACAAUAAAGUGUUUGUAUGUCUAAUUUAUUUAUUUAUUUUUAUAUUUUUUCUAUCAAAAAUAUCCUUUAUAUGUAAUAUAUAAAAAUUUCAUUAACAACAUACACUAACUUCACUCAUAAAUAACCAGUUAAUUGAGAAAUAACAAAAAUAGAUAAUUAAUAACAAUGCUGUCAUGGAAUUAAAUUUUAAAAAAUAAUAAUUAUUUAGGCACGUGGAUCCCAACCAAGUUUAAAUAAAUUUUGAUUGAGACGUACAUUAUGACCUGAAUUUUGAUCUUUCAUAUACUUAUUUGCC